ACGCGAACGGCUAGCCGUUCAGCCGGAAGUAGUCACAAUAGGGAGAGAAAACUCUAGCUUUUCGUCUGUUUCAGUUUAGUGUUACACGACGAGCAAAAGCCAUUGAAAUGAAUAAAUGUGUAAGAAGAAGGUGUUUGUCGGCAUAAGCGUGGUUUGGGAUGUCAGUGGAGGACAUUGACCACACGAAUGUUUAAAGAUGUCAGACACCAUCUAUAACUUCCUGAAUUAGUCUUACGAAUGUCUCUAACCUUGACGACGAUGAGCGGAAGAACAGUGACCGGCGACCAGCAGCAGUGGUCGAGGUCUGGAGAGAUGCAGCAUUCUCGUGGACCAUACAUCUCAGCUAUCACCAACAGGACGACCAACCUGUUGAUCCGAGGGGCCAUGUUGUUCUCUGUGGGCGUCUUCCUGGCUCUGGUGCUUAACUUACUUCAGGUACAGAGGAACAUCACCCUGUUUCCCCCUGAUGUCAUAACCAGUAUCUUCUCUUCGGCCUGGUGGGUGCCGCUCUGCUGUGGGACAGCUGCAGCAAUGAUCGGGCUGUUGUACCCCUGCAUCGACAGCCGUCUGGGUGAACCACACAAGUUCAAGCGGGAAUGGUCUAGCGUGAUGCGCUGCGUGGCUGUGUUUGUGGGUAUCAACCACGCCAGUGCUAAAGUGGAUUUUGCCAACAAUGUUCAGCUGUCUCUGACUCUGGCAGCUCUUUCCAUUGGCCUGUGGUGGACAUUCGAUCGCUCCCGCAGCGGCUUCGGUCUGGGAAUCUGCAUUGCCUUUUUGGGUACGCUGGCCACCCAGCUCCUGGUUUACAACGGAGUUUUCCAGUACACGUCGCCUGAUUUCCUUUACAUUCGCUCGUGGUUACCCUGCAUCUUCUUUGCAGGAGUAAUAACUAUGGGAAACAUUGGACGGCAACUAGCUUUGUAUGAAUACAAAUUCAUUCAGGACAAGAGCCAUCAGGACUGAGGGAUGUCUCUGCUGCAUCAGACCUCUGCUCACAGUGACUGUCUUUGCACCAACCUGAAGCCAGGUGCAGGUUAUCAGCUGGCUGAUGAGCCAGUCGGGCCGUUUAAAUCGAUCCUCGAAAUCUCGAUCGGCUGCUGCGCUGCAUUUUUGACUGGCUCCGUCAGGCCUUCUGCUACCACAUUAUAUCCAUGAAUGACGUGAAUAAUGAGAGUGGAGUUUCUCUUUCCUUUACUGCGGUUUAUCUGUAAUAGACAUGGAUUAGCAGAUAAGCAGCCAACAUUCCUCAGAUCAGCUUAGAUGUUUGCUCCCUUGGCUCGAUUGUGCCAAACAGAAUCUGUGGGAUCUGUUUAUUUAUCUGCCCUCGUCUCAUGAUUCUUCCUCAUCUGUCGUAUAUCGGUGGGGAACACACAGCCUAGUGAACAUAUCCAGGAUGCAUCUAUGUACUGGACUUCUUUUUUAUGUAAUUACCCAUAAUCUACUUUUAGAUGUUCUUCAUGAAGAGUUGACAGGUGCUGGUGCUAAGGAAACAGGAUGUCCAGUGUUCCCCUGUAGUGGGUACAUGUAAGAGCCCAUUAAUAUGUGCAUUAAUAUGUACAGUAUCAUCAGGUCAAAAAACACUGAUGUCUUUGGGUUUAGGGUUAAAGUGAACAACACAUUAGAAAUAGAAAUCCCAUCUAUAAAUGAAGAUUAUGGUGUUAAUUAGUUUAAAACUAGUUACUGUUUUUAUUUCAGGGAGGAAGACUUGGCCAAAAGUCUUCGUGCUGCCUUUUAGUUCCCAGCUCACUUUGAAUGGUGUUGUCCACCUAAUGCAUGACAGCAGAUAUGGAGUAAUGGUGAUGGAACUUCACACUGAAUCAAAUAAAUUCUCUCUGGUCAAACUGGGUUUGCUGUGAGGAGAUUUUCUGCUUCUACCAAAAUCUGAUUUUUUUUUUUGUUGUUUUCAUUGUGAAGAGUGACUUUUGUAAAAUGAGCAGCUACAAACCUGUUUGUGCAACUCAUCAUUUCAUUAAAGGACGAAAUGAACAGAACCUGUUUAGGUCACCACACAUACAAACUGGUUCCAGUUUGGUUGGCAUGCAACAAAAGAGUUCCUUUCACUGUAAUAAAGUCCAUUCUCAGUUUUCUGCACGUGCACCACAAACAUUUCUUAGUGAAGCUCGAUUGGGAAUCCAGCAUCCAACAGCUUCACUGAUUUCUUAAAUCCAGCUUCACACAUCGUUAAAUCUGACAGUUUUUGGGAGCGCGGCUCCACAGUGUAAAUUAGCCUUUAGUGUUUCAUUUCCACUUUAAUGUGUUUUUACAUGUUUACAACAAUAUAAACUGGUUAUUAGUAAUUAAAGUCCCUUCUCUUAUUUCUUAUUAAUCAACUCAUCAAAAUCCGUCUGUGAAAUUCUGUUCAUGCUCGUCGACACUGUGUAUGGUUGAGUCUUAAGGCUGAUGAUGAUUUGUUAUGUAUGUUGUGGUUUACUGACCCACAGUGAAAACCAGGUGUUUAGUUUUAAAAGUCUUGGCUGUGUUUGUUCAGCGGACAUACAGAGAAGCCUCCAAACAACUGACACGUGCAGGAUAACAGCCUGUGUAUCAUUUGAGGAAGUUUCCUGACAGUGAUAAAUGCUUUUGAGUGUAAUAAGGCCAAAUGUAUCCAGUGUUUUCUAAGAUCAAUGUAUUUGUUUGGUUGUUGAUGUUUAAUGACAUCUUGUAUUUACAAACAUUUGAGUACUUUGAAUUCCCAGGGAGUUUAACUGGAUUCAAAGUCAUAAGUGAAGGAAAAACCGAACAUUUGAAGUUGGUUUUGGCCCAUCUGACUGCUUUUUGGCUCCAUGUAAAAUAUACAUUGUAUAUUAUACUUGCAUAGUUCAAGAAGUAUUUAUGAGGCAUUGUUUUUCUGUUUUUCCUUGUUCAGUCUUUCCAUCAGUCUAAUAUUCAAAAAUGGUGAUAAUUAAUGGUCACGGGGAGUUUCCACGUGAAAAAUAAAGUAAAUUUUCUAAAC